UCCGGGUUUUCCAUGACAGAUAUCUGAGAGGGAGAAAAGUGGGGAUUGAGGAAAGUUGCAAACGUUGCACAUGUAGGCAAUUUAUACUUUGAUUAAAAAAGUGAUGAAGCAUACUUCGACCUGGACACAGAAUGUCUGGAGGAUCUGCAACUUGUUUAUGUCGCUGUUUUUUGCGCUCGCGACGUACGUGCAGAUAAACGACCCAGAUGCGGGACUGUGGAUGGUUGGCUAUGCCAUUCCGUCGUGUUUGACCCUAUUCGUUAGCUGGCAUCCACACGUGACAGAGACGUUGGUAUGGAGAAGAAUAGCUGACCUGUAUGUCCUGAUUGGCGCUGCGUUUUGUGGCAUCCUGGGAUGGAUUCUGGUAAAGCAAGGUGUAACAGACAUUUUCCAACAAGAAGAGGGAAGAGAGUUUUCCGGUCUAAUGUUAACAGUCACAUGGCUUCUUUUGUGCAGGCAUUCAGGAAGGGAGGACAUUGGAAUGAUCCGAUUGUGUCCGGCUGUUGGGAUCACCGUAUUCCCUUUUGUGGCCUGGCUCUACUACUAUGUCAACACAGAGCUGAGAUCAAACUGGCCCUCACACUGUAAAACAGCACUUUAGCAGAGUUGUGUAAUUUAGAAGCAGAAGUACUUUUGCAAAUGUAAUUACAACACUAGUAGCAUGAUAUUACAAAGUUGAGACCAUGUAAUAUCAGCACAUAUCACUAGUGCUGUGAUUACAUUUGUAAAAGUACUUCUACUUCUACUCUAUACAACUCUGCACUUUAGCGUCCACUCAAUUACCUCUGUCCAUGGUCAGGAACUCUUGUGCACUCAUUUGCAGGGUGUCUCUGCCGAUGCAGACACAUUUGUGAUUACGUAGCGUGAGUAUAAAUGAAACCAUAUGAAGAGGAUAUCCAUACAUACACACAAAUGUCCUUGACAUGUAGGAUAUCUUCCUGUGACAAAAUGCUUUUUUAGUCAAACUAACAGGAGAGCGGGGCAGAGUCAGUGGUAUCCAGUGCAUAAAGUUCGGGAUGCAAUUGACAGAGACACUGCUUUAGCGACCAUGUUUAAGUCAUUCAUGCUUGCUGUAUUAGUUCAUAAAUUGUGCGUUGUAUUAAUUUACUCAAGUAUAUAGACAUGGGGAAAACAAUCAGAGUUGAAUUGACGAGGAGUUUGUGUCCAGGUUAAUGGCGGUAGUUAUCUAUGAAAGUGGCAAAAAGGGAAAUUGUAAACCCGUUCAAUGAUGUGUGGUCGAUAUUUGGUGUGACCUCUUUUUGCAAUAAACACAGUUCACAUUUGUUCAA